CGUACAUCUGUGCAGCUUGCAGUGCCCGCUCGUUCUUCCUGAACUGUUCGCAGCGCGGUGGCAUUCGAUCGCUUAUGUUUUCGCUGCGGCUUUUCUAGUAGUUUCUCUGUGGGAAUUAGAAGUCGUUGAUAGUGAACGAUGACAGACGGCACGGGCAACGAUGACACCACUGCCUUCAACACGAUAUCUGACUCGUCGAAAGCGGAGACAAGUACGGCCGGCCCGCUGGUUCUUUAUUCUACAGCACAAGCAUGGCAAGCACAGUUUUAUCGGAGCAUUACACAGCCAUACAUGAUAACGGAGUCGUCGGACGAAGAAGAUCUUUCCAAUUAUCAGUUCGAGGAUGACCUAGAGUACUUGAGGUCGUUGGACCCAAAGGAGUGGAAAGACCAAGAUCAUUACGCCGUGUUAGGCUUGAAAAGAGUCAGGCACAAAGCGACCGAAGAGAUUAUUAAAAGGGCUUAUAAGCAGAAGAUCCUGAAACAUCAUCCGGACAAACGAAAGGCGCUGGGAGAGGAGAUCCGGCGGGACGACGAUUAUUUCACCUGCAUCACGAGGGCGUGGGAGACCCUGGGCAACGUUGCCAAGAGGAAGAGCUACGACAGCGUAGACCCGUACUUUAACGACGACUUGCCAGACGAGAAAGACUGUAAAACCAACUUCUACAUGGCGAUGGGUAAAGCGUUCAGGGACAAUGCCAGAUGGUCUGUGAAGCAGCCGGUACCGCGGUUAGGUGGGCCGGAUACACCUAGAGCGAAAGUCGAACAGUUUUACUCUUUCUGGUACGAUUUCGAGUCAUGGCGCGAAUACUCCUACUUGGACGAGGAGGACAAGGAAAGCGGACAGGAUCGAGAUAUGCGCAAGUGGAUCGAAAAGAAGAACAAAGCGACACGCGCGAAGCGGAAGAAGGAGGAAAUGGCUCGUAUACGUGGCCUGGUCCACAUGGCUUACAAUACCGACCCGAGGAUAAAGAAGUUCCAGCAGGACGACAAGGACAAGAAGACGGCGGUGAAGAAGGCGAAGCAGGACGCGGCGAAGGCCAGACAGCAGGAGGAAGAGAGAAUAGCGAGGGACGCGGCGGAGAAGGAGCGAUUGGAGAAGGAGAAGCGAGAGAGCGAGGAGAAAGCGAAGAUGGAGGCACUGAAGCAGGAGAGGGAGGCGCUGAAGAAGGCGCUUCGCAAAGAGAGGAAAGCGAUCAGGGAUUUCUGCAAAGCGAACAACUACUUCGCGAACAACGCGGCCGAAAGCAUCAGGCACAUGGAAAGCGUGGAGAAGAUCUGCGAGCUGUUCAAGCUGGUCCAGCUGGAGGAGGCGAUGAAGAAGCUGCAGGCGGAGGGUAGGCCGGCGUUCAUCGACAUCAUGAAGGACACCGAGAAGAGAAUAGAGGCGGAGCGUAGGAUAGGCUUCACCACGAAUGACACGAGGAAUACGCCGGAGAAGCAGGUGAAGUCUCACACGGCUCCGUGGAACGAGAACGACCUUCAGCUACUGAUCAAGGCGGUGAACCUGUUCCCGGCCGGAACGAAUCAGCGCUGGGAGGUGGUCGCUAACUUUAUCAACCAACACAGCAGCUCCACGGCCGGAGUGACUCGCGACGCGAAAGAAGUCCUCGCGAAAGCCAAGGACCUGCAGUCCACGGACUUCAGCAAGUCCAGCUUGAAGGAGCAGGCGAACAAGAAGGCCUUCGACAAUUUCAUCGCGGAGAAAAAGGCCAAGGAGUCGGUGGAGGAGCGGAUGCCGGCGGUUACGGAGCGCCUCGAUCAUCCUAUGGCUAAUGGGAUCUCGGCGGAGCAAAAGGAAACCAAGAAGGAACCCCAGCCUUGGACUCCGGCCGAACAGAAGCUGCUGGAGCAGGCUCUGAAAACCUAUCCCACCACGGUGCCCGAUAGGUGGGACCAAAUCGCCGCGUGCAUACCGACUAGAACGAAAAAGGAGUGCGUCAGGAGAUACAAGGAGCUGGUGGAGCUGGUCAAAGCGAAAAAGGCGGCGCAAGUGAUGAAAUAAUAGUAGUCCAUCGUUUAAACUGGAAAUUCAUUUUUUAACUUAUUCUAAACUCGGAUUCAGACGACUCCCGCGGAUCACGUCGCGUAGGAACUUGUUCGUUGUGUUUGAAAGAAACAGAUGAAUUCUAGCUUUCACCGACAAAAAGAAACAAAGACGCGCCCAGCCGUUUGUAUAUACCUGUGCCUUGCUUUUUAGUCCGUGCGUGCACAGUUCGUUGACAACACAGUCUUUUAGGAACCAAUUUCCGCUACUUACACGCGUCGAAACAAUCGCCUGCACUUAGUCACACCACUGUACAAUUCUCUUCAUGGCAAUCGUUAAACCGCAUGGAAGAAAAACAAAAAGGUCUUUCUCUUCGUUCCGGCUCGCUUGUUCGUCCCCGGGUGUACGAGAUGCGUGCAUGAGAAUAAAACUCCGUUUCUAUUUUGUUCGUUCUCGUUGUUCGCCUCUGAUUCCUUUCUCUCUCCGAUCGAGAGACAAAAACAAACGCCUAUAUUUGUAAGUAAUGUAAAAUACGGUAUCGCGACGAAACCCGCGCGCAAUCAAGUACUGUAUAAAUAAAGGACGAGUGAUGUGAUUCGAAGAUCUUCAAAA